AUGGGGGGGAGUUAUAGCACUUUGCGAUCCAACUUGUCCCGUGUAUGGGAUACCCUGUUCGGCUCGGAGUGGUCCGAGGAAAGACUUUCUAUUCGGAAAUGUUCUGGAAAUGUGAGAGAGGCGGAAACAGUGGCUCAGACUUUGAUUCCUGGGCAUCUAUUGGUUUGGCUCCUCCCAAGGAGGAGCGCUUAUAUGAGGAUCGGAAAUUUUUGCCUCUAG